CAAUUAUAUACGAAGAGCAGGAACAUAUCCAAAUCUCUCUCUCUCUCUCUCUCAGUUUCUCAUGCAGAAAGAGGAGAUGAUCGCAAGAGGCAGCGCGACAGAAAAUUGAAGUUCGAUUCCAGCUGAAGCAACAGGGAAGAAAGCCUUUUACACAGAGACAUUUAUAUGUAUAUAGAAUAAUUCUGAAAUUACAUUCACUGAAGAGAAGGAAGAUCGGAGAAGAAGACAGCGAGGACGCAGCGAAAAGCGGAAAAGGGUCUGGCCCCCAUCUGAGGAGACCCAAUGGUGGUGGAUCAGAGCAUGGAGCUCUUGCAAGAGUCGGGCUGGGAGGAGCUGAGGAAGGACGCUCGCAAGAUCGAAGGCGAUCUCGACGUCAAGCUCUCUUCUUACGCCAAGCUAGCUUCCUCCUUCAGCCAUCGAGGUUAUGUGGAUGGGGGGUCACCAACUGUUGGGUCCAGCAGGUCUUGGAAGUCCAUGGAAAUGGAAAUUCAAUCCUUGCUUGAGAAGUUACUAGAUAUAAAUGAUGCUAUGAGCCGGUGUGCCACAUCUGCUACUCCUACUACUUCAGUUACCCAAAAACUUGCAAGGCAUCGAGACAUACUUCAUGAAUUAACCCAGGAAUUUAGACGAAUAAAGGGAAACAUAAGCUCAAUGAGAGAACACGUGGAGCUUCUCGGCUCUGUUAGAGAUGAUAUCAGUGAGUACAAGGCAUCUGGGAGUACGUCACCGAGAGUGCAAUUACUACGGGAGAGGGCCGCUAUACAUGGGAGCAUAUCUCAUAUAGAUGAAGUCAUUGGGCAGGCUCAAUCAACAAGGGCAGCAUUAGGGUCACAAAGGUCUUUAUUUGGUGAUGUUCAGGGAAAGGUGAAGUCACUCAGUGACAAGUUUCCGGUCAUUCGAGGCCUACUUGCUUCUAUUAGAAGAAAGAAAUCAAGAGACACUCUCAUCCUGUCUGCUGUCAUCGCGGCGUGCACGUUGUUUCUUAUCAUCUAUUGGUUUUCCAAGUAACUAAACAAAGCUGUUGACUUUUUUUCAAGGGAUUUUGCAUCUGUAAUUUUUGUAGAACAAAUCAAAGUUCACUACUUAAAAGCUCAUUGCUCAAACAAACUUGUCAUUUCUGCUCUCAA